UUUCCUACGCUCUCUGUCCGGUGAAAAGAGCAUAACAGUUUACAAGUGGCAGCCAGCACUUAACCACGCUGCAGAGCGGGACAAGAAACGCGUGUGUGAUACCGCCGCGUCGAUCGUGGAUUAAACUGGAGCACCGCGAGUUUCAUCUUGUCUGAUCGUGAUCAUUUUGUCCAGAACGCUACGAAUUCUUCGUCUUAUCAUCGUUACAAUUGUUGCUUGAAUAUAUGAAAUUGUGAUAUAGUUUUCGACAAUACCGCAAUUUGUAAGUGUUUGAAGAGGACGUGACUGAACUGAGGCAUCGUCGACAUUCAAAUUUGAAAAGAGUUUGAGCUAGGACUUAUUAAUGUUCUAAUCGUCGACGAUUUUUAAAUGUUUGAAAAUCAACUGAUCAUCUUUACGAAACGUCAGAGAGAAUCGAUUGAAAACGAAAGGAUUCCGUGCUGCGGAGGCGGUACAAACUAAUCUGCAUAACAUAUCCUUAUGGAUGAAUCAGAUAGAUUAGUAGAAAUUGAAGAUAUUUCGUACGAAAUCAAUUUUUCACAGAGCAGAACCGGUGAAAGUUGCAAACGCAAACUCCCGAAGCCGCGUAAUUGGUCUCUUGUAUUCUAUGUUCGGCAUUACGCCGUGCAUUUCAUACGGUUUCUCACGUACUCUUGAAGAACGAAAUUUCUGCCGACCAAAAAUGAACCGGAAUCGAAUUUCUCACGAGCUUCGCUUCACAACUGUACAAUAAUUUAAUCGGCACUAAUUGGACGUUUGAUCGUUAUUUCACGUUCGCGAUUUUCUCGACGACGUUCGAAAACUGUUGAAUCGCAUCAUUUAAGGAAAUGUAAUGGUAAUAUUCGUCGCUAAUGCUGAUGAACACAGAGGACACGAAAACAGAGGGAAUAAAAAGGGAAGUCAGUUCUUGCAAACAUCGACAGAAGUCCCUUUUUCGUGAUACUGUCUCAUGGUAUCCUGCGGGAAAAGAAGUAACGAAAGGAAAGUGAUACGGGACUUCUAUUUGCCGACAUUGCGGUCGCGUUUCACCUGUUAAUCCCAGUUGCUACAGACCAUAGUGUUUUCAGCCAUGUGUCAGCCAUACAGUAUCAGAGCAAUUUAUGUAAGAUAAGAUGAAUCGUGAUUAAGACUGCUAUUAAGUUGUAUCCCGUUUACUACACAUACUGCAGAAUGAAUGAACUGUUUGAAGAUUUAAUACAACGAUUUUUGUAGUCCGAAUCUGAAAAAUCGUUUAUUUCCUCCUGCUCUACAUAAUUUUCAAUCAGUCCGUUAUAUUUCACUCUCAAUUUCUUCAUACAUCAAUUACUACCAUCAAGAAAUCAUUCAACUCGACCAUCAUUCAGCUUCCGCGGAAGGCAUUUCAUCAUCUCAAUGAGAGAAGAAUUGUUCCUGGAAUAACCCGUAAAAGCGACUAGUCAGUAGAUACUCUUCCAGAUACCGGCGAUCGUCUACGUAUACAUGGAAUCCUCUGUUUUCGAUCUGAAACCACUCCAUUGACUCGUCCUACGUUUCAACUUUUCCUCGAUCAAAUGAAAAAGUCUGAGUCCGCGUAAAAUGCUUUCUCACGAAACUGUCGGAUGAUAUGCGAUCAACGAAACGAGAAUCAUGCGGCGACAAGGAUUGCAAAUGCGUGAUCUGCCGUGAACUAAAUAACUGUAAGAUGUCAAGUAAUAUAGAAACUGCAGCACGUCGCGAAGGCGUCAACUUUAUUCUGCGCCGUGCGUUGCCCUUUAUGACUAAAUCGCCUACGAAAGAGUGGCUGAACGUGGGCAACGAUAUACCGGAGCCAGAGUUCGACGGCUACGAGGAUGGUUCCACGAUAGAGAAAAAGAAUCACGGUUCGGAAGCGGAUAACGCGAUGACGCAAACGACCAGCGAGAACGUUAGGAAAGCUGACAAGGAUGUGGCUCAUAAGACCGUGAUCUAUUUUGGUGACACCAAUCAGCGGCAGAACAAAUUCAAUUCGAAUAAAGCCGGGUCUCCUCGGCUAAUGAGUAAAGACGAGACCAAGAUGCUGGAUUCGAAGAAAGAAAACCAGAUUGAUGGCCCGGAGGACGGACGAUUUAGUGGGAAGGGACAGAACGAGAGACAACGGUCGACUGUGAGUCUGAUGGAGAACGAGGACGCCACGGUCACGCACGAAAUCGUGGUGAACGUUAGUCCCAGCAGGGAGGAUGUGCUGAGGAUCGAGGAGGACGAGAGCCAGGUCGAGGAUUAUUGGUCCUUGCCCGGGGACAACAGCGGGUUCAAGGCAGACUGGAGCUUCGUACAGCAAUGGCGCCUGAGGGGACCAACCGGUGGCAAUGGACGAGAUAUGUAUUGUCCUCCGUACUCGAAAGAAUUCACGGAGAGUUCUCCAAAAAACGGUAUACACAAUAUGGUUCACAUGGUGGCGGAAAGAGAUACGGAUAGCGUCGCGCCAACGCCAACUCCUCAGCAUCCCCAUCAUCCUCAACAUCAUCAUAUUAGUUUACACGAAAUUCGUGCUCUUCAGAGGCGACCAGAAUGCACGGGCAAUAGCUCGUCGGAUGAGAAUCGGUCGUCCGGACACGCGAGCAUGUCGGACACAGGUGGUCACACGAGCAGCAGUUCACCGCCACAUCGACAUCAUAGGGCACACAGUCCACAGCAGCUGAACUCUGUACCGGAGGACGAUCGCCUAUCGGCCUCCGUUACACAAAGAAAUGGCAGGAAUAGACCCGGCCAGAAUCGGAACAGACACAGAGCUACGCCUGCUAAGUUACAGGUUCCUUGGUCAGGUUCCGGUUUAGAAGAUAUCAAAUUGGCCAUCCAACAGCUCACCAUGCGUUCUCAUAAAUCUUCCUCGACUUACUCCUCCUUGAGCGGUUCCGAGAGCUCAGAACCAGCUGUAAGGAGGCUAAUGAGACAUUCUAGCUUGGAAACUAUCAACACCAACGUAACCAGUGCUGAUGAAUUCGUCUGGGUGGAUUCUCAUAAUCGAUUGGUAGAAUUGCAACAAUUACCAUGGACGCAUCAUGACGUCCUUCGCGUGUUGCAAAACGGUCGAACAAGGGAACAUAUGGAUCAGGUCUCAAUGGAAACGAUACCACGACUCUCUUACUUACUGCAACGGGCUCUGGUCAGAAUCGGUCGAGAAACACAGAGACUAGCUAAGCCUGUUGGCCUUUGCAGCAAGCACGAAGUCUACAGUGCAUUCAAAAUUGUUCUCUGUCCGGCCUUAGCUGAUUCGUGCACCAAGGCAUGCUUGCGAGCUGCAGCGAUGUUCGCUGUAUCUGGCGAUCAGUUGAAGCAAUCGAAAGCAUCUCGGUCCGGGCUACAACUACCGGUGGGACGAUUUCUUCGUUGGAUGUCUGAUGUACGACUAGGAAGAAUGAUACACGAGUACGCAGCCAUAUACUUGACCGCUGGAAUCGAAAAUCUGUUGGAAGAAAUAUUAUUACAGUGCAUACCGACUGAUCCCCAUACUACGUUGACCGCGACCAUGUUGGAGCAUGCCAUUGCGAAUAGCGGAGAUUUAUGGGGUCUCCUUCAACCGUACGCGCAUCUGAAUGCUGGUCGUACGGCAUCAGGUGCUCUUGCCAUGCCACGCUGGGCUAGCAUCAGUUCCCUAAAUUCCUCUUCGUCAUCUCGCAGCGGAAGAGACGCUGUAGGAUCCGCGUUAGAACCAUCUCUUCUAACCACCUGCGUGGGAUCAAUGUCAGAAUUGAUUGACCUGAUCUCGAAAGUAACUCAAGCAGGACGUGCACCAAUAUCGUUGACGACAAAGGCACUAAACGCGCUUUUCUAUUAUAUGAGGUGUUCGCAGUUGGAGCACGGUGAAAGAGGUUCCGGGAUACAAGAGCUCGCAUAUGAACGAGCGUACGUCGUACUUCCUCCAUUAAUCGAAUGGCUAAGAGUUGCGACCGCACAUGCAGAGCAUAGGCACGGACUGGUCGUAGAUCAAGAUGACAUUAAUCAAGCAGCGAGAUUGUUAUUGCCUGGUGUAGACUGCCCAAUCAGACCGAUAUGUUUUGAGGAAGUUUCUGUAUGUUCAAAACGUAUAGACGAUUCCGAAUAUGUUCGUUUUCUAACAAUGGACAUGGCAUUCAAGAUGUUAACGAGUGGUCGCGCUGACCUUAUAGCUCAAGCCAUGCCUCUUUUGCCAUCAACAAAAAUCAACACUGUGAACGAUAACGGUUUCACCGCUUUAAUGAUCGCGUGUAUCAACGGAGAUGAAACCGCUGCCCUAGCGUUAUUAGAUGCUGGCGCUGAUUUAAAUGUCGAGAGUCCACCUCCAGCCUCUGGACAAUCAGGAAGUACACCUUCUAAGAUUCCAGCGACACCAAGUGGAUCGAACGUUAGAAGUCCAAUCGUACUCCCCGCAGUAAUGACUCCAGGAAAAAGCGCACAAUCUCUGAGUUCAUCUUCCAGUUCACCGAGCGCAUCGAGCAAUGUUUCUAAUAACACUUGUUACAUUCAAAAUGGAUUUAAUGCGGAAACGCAACACUGGACUGCUUUAACAUACACGGCCUUGUUAGGACAUUGUAAUAUCGCUAGAAUAUUAUUGGAAAGAGGGGCAGCGGUGGAAGGUGGUGCCAAAUUGAGCGAAGACAAAUCUACUGUUACACCUCUACAAGCAGCUACUGCGUCUGGCAAUAAUGAAAUGGUAGCGUUACUUUUAGCUCAUGGAGCUCAACCAUUUUUAUCGACUUUGAUAAAGGACUCGUUUUCAUAUUCUGGCUCUGCUCAACGGGGCUGCUACAGUGCAAUAUCAGUGGCUACAGCUCAUGGUCAAAGGAGUUGUCUUCAUCAAUUAUUAUCCCAUCCAUUAAACUUCUCUGCUAAGCGAGGUGAAAAAGAAGUAUUGUCACUGGAAGAAAUUCUUGCAGAAGGUAGUGCAGGUACUAGCUUGCAACAACAAACUGUUGAUGGAAGAGGAAAUAGAAGAGAAGGGAAGGAGCCAGUAUUUAAUAAGCUUCAGACUAAAGCUUUGCAAGAAGCCAUGUAUCAUAGUGCCGAAAGCAAUCACUUAGAUAUCACAAUGGAAUUACGUGGAUUAAAAGUGGGAUGGACGUUGCAUUGUUGGAUGCACAGCCUCGCAACAGCUCAUGAAAUGAGAUUGGAUUCAGUGAUAGAUCAACUGCUUCAAGAUUUUCUUCAAGUGUGUCCCGAUGACUAUUCCACCCAAUUCGUACAAGAGUGUCUCCCUUUGUUGUUCAAUAUUUUUAGGUAUAGCAAAAAAGAAGGCACGACGCUUCUUCUCGCUGACAUCUUCUGCACGUGUUAUGGAUGGGAACCCAUAAAACCCAUUAGAGACACUACACUUUCCAGCGGAUCAAGAAUAGAUCCCAAGUUUGUAAAUAAUCCAGAGCUGAGUGAUGUACAAUUCAGAGUGGAAGGUAGAGUUUUUUACGGCCAUAAGAUUGUCUUGGUUACAUCGUCGCCAAGGUUUAGAAACAUGUUGAGCUCGAAAUUGUGCGAGGGAAACCCACCGAUUGUACAAAUUAAUGAUAUUCGAUAUCACAUUUUUCAGAUGGUUAUGGAAUUUUUAUAUCACGGUGGUUGUGCUACAUUAGAAGUUAAUCAAAGUGACGUUUUGGAAUUAAUGGCUGCUGCAAAUUUUUUUCAAUUAGACGGCUUGCUUAGGUAUUGUGAAGCACAAUGUUCUUCGAUGAUCGAUCUCGACAAUAUCGUUUCUAUGUACAUUCACGCAAAGGUUUAUAAUGCGAUGCAGCUUUUAGAGUACUGUCAAGGAUUUUUACUACAAAAUAUGGUCGCUCUAUUAACUUACGAUGAUUCGGUUAAACGUUUAUUGUUCGCCAAGAAAUUGCCUAAUCACGAUGUUCUAGCAGGCCUCCUUCUCACUUUGCAAGCGAGAAUAAAAGCUAGACGAUCUCAGCAACAAAAUAAAGUAAAAACUUAGAUAUGAUAAGGAUUAACUAAUGUGUCAUUGUUAUUAUUUUAUUUGUUGGUUUCAUCAAUUGUCGUAAUCUGUCAACGUAUUUCUUUACGUUUAAUUGACGUCAUUUAUAAAGAAAAAAGUGAUACGUAAAUGAAUCAAGACUGAGUGCUUUAUAACUUAUCAACAUUUAUACAUUCAGUUAAAAGUACGAUUAUAGACAGAACAGAGUAGACCGAACGUCCAAUAUAUUUUUGUUGAUACCGUGAAACAUAGAAAAAAAACAUGCUUUAGAUUUAAAUGCAUUUUUGUCUCUCCUUCAUAUGCCGAUAGAUAAAAAAGAAACUCUCCCAAUCAUUUUUUUUUCUCAAUCACAUAGUUUAAAAUCUCUCAUUUAGGAGCUCGGCGCUCGUUCUACUUCCACAUGUCUAUGGGUACAAUAUGGUAAUAGUACGAAAAAAUUAUGCUUCUAUUAUGUAUCUCUUUUAUUCUUGUUGUAUAAUAUCUCUUAUUUGAGUAUUUUUUAUAAAUAUAAAUAUGCACUAGAUAUUCUUUGAGUAAUCAUCAAUCUUAUACGUGCAUGUUAAAAAAUUUCAAAAAUAAAAUUAUCAGAAUUAAGUAAAAAAUUAUGUAAAUAUAAAAUUGAUUAUUAUUUAACGUAGAACGUAGCAUGAGCAAUUAGCUGUUAGUAAUAAUAAACCAAUAAUGUAUAACGAAUGAACAUACAAUUUGUAUAUAAAACAGGUUGAGCGAUUAAUACGUGAUUAGCGCAAAAUAUAUAAACUUAAUCUCCCAUACGGAUCAUGCAGUAUAAUUUGUACAUCACGAUGAUAAUAAAUUAUAAAUAUUGUGAUAAAAUGGGAAAUAUUAAAUGAUAAUUGUUUUAUUUCUUGAAGCUUAAUAAAGGUAAUUUAUAUUUUUUAUCACACUCCUGUUUGCAUGUUAUUACUGAACUUCGUAGCUCUUAGCGCAAUCAUACUGCCAGCAAAUGAUUAAAAACAGAACAGAAGACAAAAGAAUUCGUGCAUUAUCAUUUAAUAUAAUUUAAUGAUUACUUCAAACUGUUUGCGUCUAAUUAGUUCAUUUCUAACACAUGGAAUGAUGCCUUAUAGUAACCGUUGAAUUCAUCUCAAUGAACGUAAUCGUAUUUUGGAUUAAUAAAACAUGCAGAGUUUUAUUUAAAGAAAUUAAUGUAACUUCGAGAU